AGUACACAACUCUUACGCCCCAGAUUACGCCCCCCUGGUGCCCAGCGGCUCACAAGAGGUACUUUCUGAACUCGUAACUUACCUCAGCCGUUUCGUUUCUUCGAUAAACUUUUGCCCGUCGACAACGACAGCCAAAACAACCGCCCGUCUCGCGUCUACCGUCAAUGCCCAAGUCGACGCCUUCAAGUUCAGCUGGUCGUUCAGCUCUCCGUAGGAAUCAGGCCUGUCGGUCAUGUCGGAAGAGAAAACUAAAAUGCGAUGCUGCACGACCUCACUGUGGAACUUGCGUCAAACAAUGGCACGCAUUGAUCAGUGUACCAGCUCCAAUUGGCUACGCCCACCCGACUGAACCACAAUGCUCCUAUGACCCUGUAGAAGGCCUUACUUUGGCGCCUGAUACCGACCCUGUGGAAAAGAUAAAGCAGUUGGAGGACCAGAUCACUCAGCUCAAGAACAAGCUAUAUGAGGUGCAGGCCGCGUCUGCAUCCCGCUCGGAGUCCCCUACCCAAAACCUCCAUACUGUCCUAUCCACUCCCAAUGAUGCAGGAGGAGGCAUAUCAUUACCUCAAGCGUCAUUAUCCAUGACGCCUACCCUAUCAUCGACAACACCCGACCCACAAUUUGAAAGUGGAAGCCCCGAAAUACGAGCCUCGUCAAGGGGCAGUUCCGACCCAUUCAUGGACUUACUUUUCUUGGGAUGGAAUCCAGAUUUACCUGAUCCUGCCACCCUCAAUCACUAUAUAGAUGUCUUUUUCAGGUGUGAUCCCUGUGGAUCGAGAGUCCUGCAUAAACCGUCAUUUCUCGCGUCAAUGCUUCUUUCGCCUCGAGAUCCCGGUUUUCCCCAUUCCGCUAUAUUGCACGCUAUAUGUGCAUCCGCCUCUAGAUGGUCUCCUCAAAAUGUAAUAACCCUUCCAGACGGUACAAGACGAGAUACGUUCGCCGAAUUCCAUGCCAACAAGACUAGGCAUUAUAUCGACAAAACAAUGGCCAGCGGGGAAGACAUAUUCUCUGUUAUGCAAGCAUGUAUAUUGCUGUCCUGGUAUUUUUAUCAAGAAGGACGCUGGGUGGAGGUUUGGAUCUUUGCAGCAUUUCAAACGCGGGUCAGCAUACCCCUUCGUCUCAAUUACCCAGGAACGUUUUCGACCCAUGGCAACAGUUCUCCAGGCGCAUACCUAGCGCCGCCCAAAGACCUAAGAGAUCUCGAGUCGCGACGGCGGUCUUGGUGGAUGACCAUCUUGUUCGAUCGCAUCGCAUCUGUCGGUGGUUGGAUUCAUGCCGUUGAUGAACGAGAUAUAGGAACAGAAUUACCUCUCAGAAACAGCGAUUUUGAGUCGGAGCUUCCACUUCCCAGCAAUCCACAAGACCUCGCCACGCUAGAGCUCUACACGCACCACCCUCCGCAAUACACCGACUCAUUCACUUUACUCAUAAAAGCCGUGAUGCUAUUUGGCAAGGUCACCGACUUUAAUGUGAGGGGUAGCCUUCGCGCACCCACAGCCCCCAGCAAGCAUCAAAAUCCCUUUUAUCUCGACGGAUUCGAAGCACUUGACAAGCUGGUUUCAUCUGAUUUUCCCGAAAACUUACCGCCUCUAUUCAAAAAUAAUCACGGUGUCUCCGACCUACCCGAGGGAGGCGUUUUGGACACUGAUCUGUAUAUGGUCCACAUAAUCCCACACGCUGCUACCAUUACCCUACACAACCCUUACCUGGACUUCGCGGACCCCAGUUGCGUUUCAACUGCCCGUUGUGUUAACUCUGCCCGAGCCAUCUUGAUGGCUUAUUACAUGUUGUCAGCAACAUCGUUAGAUACCACUCGCCUACACCCUUUUGUCACGAUAUGCUGGUACUUAGCGGCUGUGGUGCAAGUCCAGCUAUGCAAAUAUUUCAUCGAGAUCGGUGAUAGUGACCGAGAAUCAACAGUGUGGGGUGAAAUAAACGUGUUAAGAUAUGCAAUGUUGGCGUAUGGCCAAAAGUCUCCUAUUGGAACGCGACAAGAGAGGCUUCUGCAGGGUCUGAUGAGGGAGAUUGUACGAAUGACAGCUCAGAAACAACCGCUGGAAGUUGGUCUACCACUGUAUCCUUUCGCAAAUUCUUCCUUAUGGCAGAAGGGCGAUGGUUCGGAAGGAAGUCAAACUGGCGCUGAAGAUGGUUCUGCAAUUCCUUUGUCGGUGACACCUCCGUUCGAAGAAGGACAUAGGCGGGGACCGACGCCUCCAUCUCAUGCGCCACAUACCAGGCCCUCAUCUGCUGCAUGGGCACCAGGCGAAGCCCCCACCACCUUCUGAUC